AUCAUCACCUCUCGCCCUCGAGGUAUCCGUCGCACUGGCCGUCGUGGCUCGUCCAAGACCCAAGUUGUAGGAACUACUGGACCGAGUCCCGCUGUCAAGGCCAAGUUGAGGUCCGCUACUGCUGCUGUGCCUUCCCAGCAGCCGGCAGACAAAAUCAUCGUAUCCAACCUCCCUCCUGAUGUGAAUGAGGCUCAAGUCAAGGAGCUCUUUCAUUCAACCGUCGGCCCUCUCCGUGAGGUAACCCUUCACUACGACAGCAACGGCCGUUCAAAGGGUGUCGCCUCGGUUCACUUCCAGAGGAAGGGCGACGGCACUUCUGCAUAUAACCAGUACAACAAUCGACUCAUCGAUGGCAGUUAG